AUGAGAAACAUUUUGGCGCCCAUCGUGGGGUCGAUAGCAGACAAAAGAAGCCUAGAUGGUGACCACGAGGAGCAUGGACGAGCAGCAUACCACCAGAGAUUUGAUAGCUCAAUUGCAAGCACAACUGCAAGCACAGCUCAACGGGGUCAUGACAGCGAAAAUAAUGAAACACAUCCCAGUCAGGACCGAUCUCAUCGUACCAAUCCGAACGGAAACCCAAAUGGCAAUCCGAACGGUAACCAAAAUGGCAAUCCGAACGGAAACCCAAAUGGCAAUCCAAACGACAACCCACAUGGCCAAGCGCCCUCACCUUUACAAACUGUUAGAUCGAUCGGUCUACUUCCUUUCACGACAACAAUCAUGCAGGCACCCAUGCCAGAGAAAACUCCUCCCACAUUUGAAGAGUAUGACGACUCAACCGACCUAGAUGAUCACAUGAGAGCAUUUGUCAAUGCAAUGGCGUUUUACUCCAACUGUGACCCGGUCCUGUGCAGAACCUUUUCACUAUUGCUAAGGGGAGAAGCAUUCACAUGGUAUAACACCCUUCCCCCAAAUACAGUGGAUUGCUUUGCCACUAUACAAACCCUUUUUGAGCGACAAUAUGCAUCUAGUCGGAUACAAGAGUUCACGCCCGCGGAGUUGGUAAAUACCAAACAGGAGAAAGAUGAAUCUCUGAAAGCCUUCAUGAAAAGGUACAACGAAACCGCUUGGCGAGUCAGGGAUAUCAAUCAUACCUUCAUCAUUAGCAACCUGCCUUCUUGCUUAAAAGCGGGAUAUUUUUCGGAAAAUUUAUACGCCAAACUCCCUAAAACCAUGGAUGAGCUCCAAGAGAGGCAUCAAGAAACCUCUGGGGGAAAUAAGAAAGAAGGAAAACGAUCGUUCAAUGGGGAUCCUCCUCAAAAGGAUCCUAAGCAUCUUCCCAGAUUUAAUCACUAUACCACCCUCAAUGCACCAAGGGCUAAGGUUCUCGAGGAAGCUCUCAAUGUUGAACUUCUCACACUUCGAGAAAAGGCCACUCCCAAGAGCGUUGAUGCGAGGAAGAGCUGCAAUUUCCAUCUGAACUGCGGCCAUACUAUGGAAGAAUGCAAUAUACUGAAAGCUAAAAUAGAAAGGCUUAUCCGAGGAGGCCAUCUACAGCAAUUCGUAAGAAAAGAAAGAACCCAAAGAAGAAGUCCUACCAGAGAAGCCGGACGGUCCCAUCAAAAGACCAAACGAGGACGUAGGCACAGUUGCAGCCGUAGCCGCAGUCGCAGUCGUGAACGUGACCGAUCGGUUCAUAGGUACGUCAAUACCAUUUCUGGAGGUUUUGCUGGAGGAGGAACAUUAUUGUCAACAAGGAAAAGGCACCUGAGGAGACUCAAAACCGUUCACAUGGUGGAUAGAAAACCUCGAUCUCUACCACCAAUUACCUUCACUAAUGAGGAUUUCCAUGCCCCUGACUCGAAUCAAGAUGAUCCUAUGGUCAUUACAACCGAGAUAUCUCGUUGUGUUAUCAGCAAGGUGUUAGUCGAUCAGGAUAGCUCGGUCAACAUCUUGUAUUGGAAGACGUUCUUACAAAUGGAUUUGUCUGAAGAUGUCAUAUGCCCAUUUAAUGAGCAAAUUGUGGGAUUUACAGGAGAAAGAGUCAAUACUCGAGGAUACUUCGACUUAAGGACUCGGCUUGGACCGGACAGAGAAGCGAAAGAAUUCAGAAUACAAUUCCUGUUAGUAGAAGCUCAUACUCCAUAUAACGCUCUGUUGGGACGACCUUGUUUGAAUGCUUUUGGAGCUGUGGUCUCCACCCCACAUUUAGCAUUGAAAUUCCCGUUAGAGAAGGGUACCAUAUGCAAUGUACGGACGGAUCAACAGACAGCCCGAGAAUGCUAUAAUGUUAGCUUAAAAGUCACACCCUUCGUUCCCCCUCAAACGGACAGAGGAGCAGAAACAACUAUUAGUUAA